AUGGCGAAACCAGUGUGGAAAGGAAACCAUCCAGUCCAACAAAUCAACCAGACCCGACCGUUAUACCGAGUUGCCGCAACCGGGCUUGGAGCUGCUAUGUGGUUCUUUUUGAUGUACCGAGCGAAGAAGGACGGACCUGCGCUGAUCGGCUUGAAGCAUCCUUGGGACCACUGA